GUUAGUAUGCUGGCGCUGCCCGCGCAGCUCACUCGUGUAUACUUUUUAUAAUGACAUAACAAAAUCGACUUUCUGAAUUCGAAUUUGGAACGAUUCCGACCGGUAAAGUCGGUUUAACUGUCAUCUUUUGAAUAGCGCGUUUGUGACCGCCCAAAUUUCGCAUUGCGAAGGUGUUAUUGCUUCACUCUGUUACGCUAAGUCUUAACAGAUAACUGUGAGGAAACGUGUGUUGUGCUGUGAACACGACAGUGUUAGUGCAGUGGUUUAUAAGCAUUCCCUUAAGUUUAAUUCCGAAUAGGAUUUGCUACAGUGAAACAGUGGUGUUAACUUAUAAAUUAAGGAAACGUGUUAUCUAUCAACAUCAUUAAGGUUAGAAUGAGGAAGAUGACUAUGACUAUUUUGUAAUCAAACAAAGCAAGCCGAAAAGGAGGGCCGGGGAAUACCUGUCAAAACAAAAUGUGACCACCGACACACUCACCAAAACCAAAACAGAAAUUAGUUCUUCAAAUUCAUGAAUCUAUCUUGAUUACAUGAUUAAGACAUCUUAUUUAUUAAUUAACGAUUCUAGUCGCAAUAGUUUAACGAAGAUUUAGUAAUACAUUGGAAUUGAACCAAGGGAAUAAGUACAAAGAGAGUACAAAGGGACGCUAAUUUUUGGUUUAGAUGUAAAUUGAUUUAUUGGUUCCCGGAAAUCGAUACAAAAUGUCUGCCAGUUUCGAGAAUUCGGCUAUGAAGAGUAGCUUCUCCCUGUCUUCGCUGAAGAGUGCCGCUUACCCCAACGGACUUUGCGAACAGCUUGAGAGGCCGUAUCAUAGUCUUACCAAAAAGAGGAAAGAGCCAUGUCGCGAAGCAUGGCGCAGAAGUUGGGGCUCAGCAGCGAGUGGUGGCAGCGUGGCUGACGAUCUGUGGCCUCUGCUUCAGCAUCAUUAUGACUAUAUUAUGGAUAACCAAAUCAUAGAUAGCUGCAAGGAAGCGAACGGCGAGUUAUUAUCAAAUAACCCGUCAGUACUGCAAAAUAGACCACGGCUUCUUAAUCACACGUCCACCUUCAACCGCCAAUGGUCGCUGAGUCAGCUGAUAUCCGAGUUCACUGAACUCUGUCAAUGGCUGACACAUGUCCAAGAAGAAAUAUAUUCUAGUCCAGAAAAUUUGUCCAGCAGGAAACUAAGGACGAAUCGUAUGUCUGAGCUGGUGUCAGUUGAGCCACGUCGCGCGAAGUUCAUCGAGCAAUCCUCUGCCAUCCUCGACAGAAUACCCGAGGCAGGCGCUGAGGUGGGAUGGCGCGUGGAACAUCUAAACGUGAAGUGGGAGAGUCUCCGCCUGCUAUUGAGUCCAGAACAGCAGCAGCGUGAUGGAGACAACUCCGAUACUGUUGACACUGCUCACGAGCUCCGUUGCCUUCGCCGUUGGUUACACGGAAUGGAAGGCCGCUUACCGCCGCCUUCCCUAGCUGCUGCCCGCGCCUCACCCUACCAUGAGCUGAUGCGAAAACUACGCGAACACCAGGUAUUACAACGUGACGUGGAAUGCCACGGUCGUAUCGUGAGCUCUGUGGUGCGGCUGUGCGGUGGAGCUGACGUCGCUCGUGCAUUGGAGAGACGCUGGCAUCUGCUGUACUUGAGGGCCAUCGAGUGGCAGUGCCACUUGGAGGCCUGCCUCGCUAAGACUGAUAAUCAGAAGUACGAACCAGUAGAAGCUUUAAGUGACAGCGACGACGAACCAGCUUUGAAGCAGCCGCGCCUAAGCAGACGUGGUUCGCCGAAAAGACAGCGCACACCAGUUAAUUCACGAAAGCGAGAUUACUCAGAAGAUAGCAGGCAGUCUGCGUCCGAGGAGGAGCUAGAAUAUGCUGUAGGCGAUAAGUGGCGUAACUUCGGAUCAGAUUGCGAAUCGGAAUCAAUGCGAGACAAAAUGGCUGACGAGCGCAGAGUCCCAAGUGUGGAUGGAGUAGACAACAAAAUGACUGACCAAACUGUACCUGUCACUGAUGAAAUUGAUGGGAACACUGCAUUGCCUAGAGAAAUCAAAACCCCGCCGACUGUAAUCAAAAGAAAGAAACCAAUAGACACCUCGAGAUUUAAUCAAUCCGAUCGAAAAUCCAAAAAUUGUGCCACAUUUUACUUCAGACACCACGAUACGGAUUCCGAUAGACAAGUGAUUGAAACGGAUGAGAAAUCGCAGGAUGAGUCCUCGGAAGAAGAAUGGACGUAUACCAACGGUGCAAAGAUAGCAAAUGAAGACUCAACAGAUAUUAUGACAUCAUCAGUUGAAAUACAAUGUGAACUGCCUGUGGAAGAGAAGAAACCAAAAGCGAAACUGGUAUCAAGUACGCCGGAUCUAUUAAGAGUUGACCAAAAUUCAAGGUGUAAUAAAGAUAUAGAAAGACUUGUGAUUCAGGCUGAUGAAUUGGUGCAGAAGCAGGCGCAAAUGGCAAAGAAGAUGGGUUCCAGGAGUUUUAAGCCGUUGUUGUUGGAUGAAGAAGGAAAGUCGGUCAGUAGGGCGAAAAUGUCGAGGAUCAAGGAGUGGUUGAAUCAGAGUCCCGAUGGAAAAGAUGAAAGCCACCAAAAUGGUGAAAACUACGACGCAUCCGGUGAAUAUACGACCGAGAGUGAAGUAGAUACAUCCCUUACUUCGGAGGAGCGGAAUCUGCAUUCGUCUAUGGACAUGAGCACCUCCACCUGUACUGUGACACCUACACAUCAUGCUAAGGUGCAACUCCGCAAGAAGCGGGGUGGCAACAGCGCCCGGCCGUGGUCCGUGUCUUGCCUCUCGCAGCUAAGUGGCGUUGCCGCGUCGCUAGUCACGCCUACUAAUGACGGCAUUCAUAACAUGUCCAUAUCCGAGUCUGCUCUCAAUACACUGGCUUCACCGCAAAGAGUCACCCCGGCUAACUCAAGCUCGAAGUUACGCGGAAGUUCGACAACUGUACAGGGUCACAUUUCAAGUACAAACACAAUGACUGAAGCGUGCACGUCAUGCGUCGAGGCGAACGACAAGCAAUGUUGGCUUCGCAGAAAGCGACUAAAACUUAGAAGACAUAACAACACUCUAAGGAGGGAGAGAUUGGUUAAGUCACUCUCUUUCUGUGGUCGAUUAAGUCCGGAGUUGGAGAAGAAUGAAAGGAGUGCUGCAAGUGACCCAGCUACUAGUAGGAAGAGUAGGUUUGACACAACAUCCACCUCUGGCAAUGACAGUGACGAAGAACUGCUGAAACAACAAGUGGCUGUCAUCGCCAAUUUAAGAAAAAGCAUCGAAAAAACCCACAUUUCCUCAAAGGACGAUAGUGCCAUUCCUGAACAAAAUGAAUUAGAACAAGUUACACCAAGCUUUAAACUUGGGCCAGAGGGAGGUAUAGUUAGACCAAGAUUGACGAAAAGUAUGGAAAGAGAAAGAUCGUUUUUGGCACUAAGCUUAGGUGAUCCGAGCCAAAUGUGGGACCUCUGCGUUGACAAGGACUCAGACAAGAGUGUCACAGCUGGCACAGAAGAGCAUAGUUCGUUUUCGGAACAGGCGUGGGACUUCUAUCAGGAAAAAUACAACUCCGAGCCAUAUUCAGAAGCGCCCGACUCCGAUGCUGCCCGGCGUCUACUGGAAUUCGGUGAUGACUACAGAGCAUUUUUAGAUUCACAAUCAGACUGUUGCUCUAGCCUCUCGGCACAACCAGAAAACGACCAGAGCCCAAGUGGAACACGCAGACGGCGACCACCAUCAGAUAUAUCCAGAGAAAGAAGCCUUCCGAGACAUAAAAAACCGUCCAGAACAUCUCCAGUAGAAACCCCUGUCCGAAAACCCAAAAAGUCUAUGUCCAGCGCCGAACGUAAGAAAAACCUAUUGGACAGCCUCGAAAGAUCUAGAAAUAACACUAGCAUUGAAAGUAAUGACGGCGUUCGCAGACGCAAACCCUCCGAAAGUGAGCGCAGAAACAACAAACGCUCACCCGAAUUCGAUUUACUGAACGUCCAAGCAUUAAGUCGCAGACGUCACAGCUCAAACCUAACCAGUGACGAAGUGAACAGUUCCUUAGAGUACACCGAAGUCAACAACCGUCCAGAUAUUUUAGACUCUUUAAACAGAAGACGCAAGGAAAACGGUGAAGCCGAAUUACAAAAGGUUGCACUGUCUGAGUUGCGUCGUAGAUCUAAUGAGAGUGGCGAUUCUGAAGAAUCAUCUUCGCCGAAACACAGCAGGAGAAACUGGGGUGAUUCAGACUCGGAAUCAGAAGAAGUGAGGUCGCUAGUUCGUCGGUCGAGCACGCAAUUAGAGGUCACAGAGGCGUUACUGGCGCGGCAGGACUCUCCGGACCUCCUUCGCGCUUUCGACUAUACGGAGGUCGUAACGCGUUGCCGUGAGAACAUCACACUCUUGGAGGUGGCUUUAGCAGACAGUUCGUUAUCGCCUGGUUUGCAACGGGAUGCGAGAGCGGUAUCUGCGCGAUGGUCGGCGCUCCGAGCGGCUGCUAUACGUCGCGGCGGCGCACGCCGAUUGCGCCGCGAGAUUGCAGCACUGCGCGAGACACUUGACGAGGUCUGUGAGCCUGGAGAUUGCGCUCCCCAGCCGCACACCAGAGCUCAGUUACACAGACGGAUUGAAGAACUCAAGGAACGUCUAUCACGUCUGCUUGAAUGCAAGGUCUCAAUGCUGAAACUGACGGUUUCCGUUCGACGUGCACUUGGCGAAUUGGAAACUGAUGAAUGCGGCCUUACUACGGACUUGACAGCUUUAUUGGCCGCUUGGGACGACGCACACCAACGCACAUCGAGUGAAUUACUUUCGCUAGAAAAAGCGGUGAGUGCCUGGGCAGAUUGGGAGAAUGCGCUUCGUGAAUUGCAAGGAGCAUUGCGUGGUGACUUGACAACGCUGCAGAAUUUACGCGAUAAAGGAUCUAAAAUUGAAGAUCAAAGCGAAGUGGCCGCUCAAAUCAAACAGCUAGCUGCUUCCUUGAUUGACAAGAAGAAGGGUGGUUCCACGUGCGACUCACUCUCAGAUUCCGGAAUAUCGGAUGGUGAUAGUGAAAAUGCAGGCGGACGUGCUCGCCGAUUAAGCGCUCUACGCGAGUUGGCCAAGCGCUUGCAGGCCGCUCUAGCACCGAACUCGCCUGCUCAUCGAGCUAUUACUAAGCGUAUGGAACAGACAGAGAACGAAGUGAAAAUUUUGCAAGAAUCCUGUCGCGCUUUAGUGGAACAAAGCAUUCCCGAUCUUAAAAUCGAAGAUGAUACUGAUCAAGCCGUCAUUGUAACCAGCAAGACUGGCUCUGGCGAUCCAGACUAUAACCCUCGCGGCGGAUGGGUCUGGCGUGUACUACGUUCAUCUAUUCCCAUUCAACUAUGCCUUGUGGCUUUACUUCUAGCCGCGUGGCUCGUAGAACGGCCAAGAUGUUGUGACGCACUGAAUUCAUUAGCGCAAACAUUGACGCCGCAACUGCGUUAUGUUCGUGGACCUCCACCAGUGUGAGCAUAGCAUAAGACCGUCCAUAGACUAUAGAUACGAAUCAUACAAUAGAGUAUGGAAAUAUUAAGCACGCGACUGAAUUAUCACGCUAAAAUCUUGUUUAUGAGGUCUAUGGAUUGGGAAGAUGCCAGGAAAUGACUUUGACAGCUGUCAAUUUGAAACUUACUCGAAUACCUUAUUGUACGUACUUGAUUAUAAUGAAGUUAUGCCGCCAUCCACGCAUUAACAAAUACUCGCAUAAGAAACGCGUAAGGUUUAAUUAAGCGUGGAUUCCAAGGCAAGGAUACCUUUGGUAAUUUGCAAUUGCAAUAAAAAUAUGCUAAUUGUUAGGAGUAGAUAGAGAAAACAGUGAAAAAAUAUUCUUAAAAUGACGAAAAAAAAUCCCAGACAUGUACUAAGAUAAUAAAAUUCGUAAAAACCAUUAAAUUGGUUCAAGGUUGUGACAUGAAACAUCAAGUUGUGUUACUUUUAUAUUUUUGUGGUUGGAUGAGUGGUUUUGUCUGCCCACAGACAAAAUAUAUAACGUCUGUGGUCGAAUGUUUGUGUGAAUGAUUAAACUAAUGAGGUUCGCAGACUUUGACGCAUUAUUAAAACUACAUUAAACAACUGAGAAAGUCUGUGAGUUUGGAUCUAACAUUGUAUUUAUUUAUGUUGACAUAAGCGACCCUUUUUUUUUAAUCGCUGUCAAUCAAUGUCAAGAACUAAAUUCGAAAAAAUAUCAUCUGUAUCAGAUGCCGUUCAAACUAGGUAGUUUACUAACGUGACAGGUUCGCUUUCAAUAAGCAUCUAAAGCCAAAAUCAAGUCUUGACUGUUAUAAAUGCAGAGUAAAACAGGUCGUAAAACUAGAUAUUGGCUUAAGAUACUUAUUGAAUGUAACCAUAAUAUAGUUAAGCCUACUUUAGUACAAUUAUUUAAGAAAGUGUGGAGUGCGCCAUGGGUGACUCUUUCGAUGUACCUUAAUAGAUUUUUCGAAUUGCUAUUUUUAUCUAUGACUCAAGCCGAUAUAAAUGAUCUGGACAUAAUUUACAUUACGGCGGUUGUACACUCUACGAGAGUUUAGACCUCGAAGUCUUGGCGGAAGCAAUUUUUACCCUCAUUUUAUUGACUUAACUGAUAACACCAUUAACAGAUCGUUUGACUCGGACCAAAAAUCAAGCACUCGGCCGAUAAAUCAUAUACUUCGCUCUCGGCCGGUAAUAAGAUAUCUUGGCGAGUUUGUACAACCGCCAUUAUGGCAAUAAAAUAUUAGAUUCGUAUUAAAGACGUAGUGUUUAGAGCAGUUAUGUCGGCUUUCUUUACAUACAUAUGUAUAACUAUAUUACCAUUUUGGGUUGUUUAUGCGAAAAGAGGCCUUAUUAAAAUAAAAAUAUUGAAGACUGAGUAAGAAAUAUCAUUUAAUUAAUCAAUAUUACAUUUACAAUAGUAUUUACAUGACAAAUGAUUCCAAUUAAGGUGUUUCGUCGUUACAUAAAGUCUUCAUAAAGUAAAACAUUGUGUAGGAGCUCCGAAAUUUGAUUUUGUUUUGGUCACUUAAUUCAAUAAUAUAUAUUGAUUUUGCUAAUUCUCUGAUUGAAAUAGUAUUAACUCCCAUAUAUUGUUAUAAUGUUGUUAUUUAAUUUAAUAUAUUGAAAUUGAAUUAGUGUUUAUUUUUAUUCAAUUCAUAUUAUAUAUUCUUAUAUAAAAAUACCAUUUGAAUAUUGUUAUAAUGUCAAUGAUUAUGAUAGUCGUGCAAUUUGCAAGACAUAAAUAAAAUGUUAUUGUAGACUAUAUAUUUUGCCAUACCAUUUUUUAUAAUAUUUGUAUUAAAAAGUUUAUACAAUAUUCAAGAGUUUUUUAAGUAAUAGCCAACAGAAGACUAGAAUUUUAGUCUUAGCUAUAAAAAUAGAAGCAUAUUAAAUGUUUAGUGGUGUGUUGUGUGCUUUUGACAUACUUAAGAAAUUACUGACAAUAUUUUUAUAUAUGUUCAAUUUACAAGUAAAUUGCAUGUGGCUUUAAUACUGACAUUUCGAUGAAAAAAGUUUUAAUGUCACAUACGAUUUUUAUACUAAAAAACCUUGUUAUGAUUGUCUUUGUGUGUAUGGCGCAUUCUUAUGAAUGUAAUACGAUUAUUAUUUAAGUUAUAUCUCUGUAGCGAUAGAUAACUAAGGAAAAAUAGAAAAAAAAGUUUAAAAAUAAAUGACCGCCAGUAUAAAAAAUGUUUAUACUAAGACAAAUAAUCGCUGCAGAGAAAGUAAUUUUUUAAAAUAAUUCACUUAAGGCGGUUACUGCCUAAAUAGUGUGUCAUAUUUCUUUAAGCUUUUUUAUCUUAAUUUUGAUUAAGCUUGUAGAGAGUAUGAUCAUGCUAUUAAUGUGCAUUUAAUUUUGUAGCAAUGGAAUGGAUUAAUGUAAAGUAUGUUGGCUUUUUGGAAUGGUGAAUAAAAAUUGGUUUUCAUUUUUAAA